AUGGCCUUCACAGACCUGCUGGACAACCUAGGGGGAGUGGGUUGCUUCCAGCUCAUCUACACCGGCCUGCUGCUGCUGCCUUGCAGCCUGCUGGCCUGUCACAAUUUCCUGCAGAACUUCACGGCUGCCGUGCCUCGCCACCACUGCCAGGGCCCCGCCAACCACACGGUGGCCGCCACCAACAACUCGGGGUCCUGGCUUAGGGCCACCGUACCCCUGGACCAUCUGGGGGCCCCCGAGCCAUGCCGGCGCUUCACGGAGCCUCAGUGGACCCUCCUGAGCCACAACACGUCUGUCCGCGGGGUGGCCACGGAGGGCUGCAGGGACGGCUGGGUCUACGACCGCAGCGUUUUCCCGUCCACCAUCGUGAUGGAGUGGGACCUGGUGUGUGAGGCCCGCCCCCUCCGCGACCUGGCCCAGUCCAUCUACAUGGCAGGGGUGCUGGUGGGCGCCGCUGUGUUUGGCAGCCUCGCGGACAGGCUGGGCCGCAAGGGCCCCCUGGUCUGGUCCUACCUGCAGCUGGCAGUUUCGGGGGCCGCCACGGCGUACUUUGGCUCGUUCGGUGCCUACUGUGUCUUCCGGUUCCUGAUGGGCAUGACCUUCUCCGGCAUCAUCCUCAACUCCCUCUCCCUGGUCGUGGAGUGGAUGCCCACCCGGGGCCGGACCGUGGCAGGGGUCUUGCUGGGGUACUCCUUUACCCUGGGUCAGCUCAUCCUGGCCGGAGUGGCAUACGUGAUCCGCCCCUGGCGGUGGCUACAGUUUGCUGUCUCUGUUCCUUUCCUCAUCUUCUUCCUCUAUUCUUGGUGGCUGCCAGAGUCACCCCGAUGGCUCCUGCUCCACGGCAAGUCCCAGCGAGCCACGGAGAACCUUCGGAAGGCGGCAGUCAUGAACGGGAGAAGGGACGAAGGGGAAAGGCUGACCAAAGAGGUGGUGAGUUCCUACAUCCAGAGUGAAAUAGCAAGUGUCCGCCCCUCCAACUCGGUCUUGGACCUCUUCCGAACCCCGGCCAUCCGAAAGAUCACGUGCUGUCUCAUGGUGGUCUGGUUCUCCAACUCCUUGGCUUACUAUGGGCUGGCCAUGGACCUACAGAAGUUUGGACUCAGCAUAUACCUGGUGCAGGUCCUGUUCGGGGUCAUAGACAUCCCGGCCAUGCUGGUUGCCACCACCACCAUGAUCUAUGUGGGCCGCCGGGCCACGGUCGCCUCCUUCCUCAUCCUGGCCGGGCUCAUGGUGAUCGCGAACAUGUUUGUGCCCGAAGGUAUGCAGACCCUGCGCACGGCCCAGGCGGCACUCGGCAAAGGCUGCCUGGCCAGCUCCUUCAUCUGUGUGUACCUGUUCACAGGCGAGCUGUACCCCACGGAGAUCAGGCAGAUGGGGAUGGGCUUUGCUUCGGUCAAUGCCCGCUUAGGGGGCCUGAUCGCGCCCCUGGUCACCAUGCUCAGCGAGUUCAGCGCCAUCCUGCCGCCCUUGGGCUUCGGGGCCACUUCGAUCGUGGCCGGGCUGGCUGUCUGCUUCCUGGCCGAGACCCGCAAUGCGCCCCUGGUGGAGACCAUCGAGGCCAUGGAGAGGAGAGUCCGAGAAGGUCUUUGCAAGAAGGAUGCAGAAGAGAAGAGGGAAGAAAUUUCUCUCCAGCAGCUGGGAGUUUCUCCUCUCCGAGAAACCAUCUAGGCUGCCCAGAGCCUGGUGCUGGCAGCACCUCCUUUUGGUGUCCAGACCCCACUGCUGCUUAUGCUGACAAUGAUCAGGGGUGAGGCUGGCCAAGGACCGUGGUGGCCCCACGACUCCACCUACCACCCGACAAACCAGAGCUGUGGCCACUGGAAGAAAACUGACCAGCAGCAGCAAAUCGGCAUCACAAACAUGCAGAAAGUCAAGAGAAACAGGCCCAGGGUCCAGAGGAGGGAGAAUCCGCCCCUUAAGACCUCUGUUCAUUCUUGUUCCACCUCAAAACAUGCCUUGGCAGGGUGUGGGUGGCCGACAUUUCUGCCCCUGGUUGUCCCUGGAACAGCCCCACCCAGCUCGUUCUUGAGAACUCAUUCCGCUCAUUUGGCAUUUCCUCUUUCUGGCCGGGUAUGUGAUUAAAGCUCU